CCCUCGUUUCCCGCUUUAGGGAGGCCAAAGAAAGAGCCGAAGAAAGCCGAGGGGCUUCUCGCGGGGGGGGUGGUGGUGUUCUGGGCCCUCCUCCGCAGGCCACGGGCGCCCGGCCUUGCCUCCUGCAAGCCGAUUAGAAGGUAGGACUUUAGAAAAGUUGGGCAUCUUCCCGUUCCGGCUGCUCUGCCCCUGCCUGGAUGGAUGCUGCCUUGCAAACUCCGUGAGUCCUACGCCCAGAUUCCGUCCCUGGGAUCAGACCCCAGCUCCGGCCAUGGCUUCGGCGCUCCCCCCGGCGGUGCCCGUUUUCCAGUUCCGCCCCCGGCAGACCAGCCCGGACUGGCGGCGGCUGAGCGCGGUGGACGCGGGCCGGGUGGCGGCCGAGCUGGACGUGGCGGCGCUGCAGGAGCACCUGGAGCACGUCACCUUCUGCAGCGCCGAGCGGGAGCGCUGCCCGCAUUGCCAGGCGCCCGCCGACCCGCUGCUGCUCAAGCUCUUCCGCCUGGCCCAGCUCUGCCUCGAGUACCUCCUCCACUCGCAGGACCACCUCAGCGCCCAGCUCCGCGUCCUCCAGGGGCUCCUGCGCGCCGCCGACGCCCACCGCGACCAGCUGGCCAAGGACCUGGUCUCCAAGGACCACCUGGUGCGCGCCCUCAAGGACGAGUGCAAGCGCCGCAGGAAGAUGAUCAGCACCCAGCAGAUGAUGCUCCAAGCCGGGGCCGCCUGUCACCAGUGUCAAUUCUGUGAAAAAAGUUUUAUGAACUAUUCCUUCCUGCACAAUCAUUUACAGCGUCGCCACUCCGAAGAAUCACAUAAUGCAGGUCAGAAAAAGAAAGCACAGACAGAUAAAGUACAGGAGGAGAUUGACAAGCUGAAGGAACAGUUACAGCUCACCAGGUCUCAGUUAGAAGCCGAGCAGCACGCACAUAUGGCCAAAUUGGCUAAGGAACACGAGGAGCACAGGUCAAAAGAAGAGGAGAUUCGGCACUUGUUCCACAAAUGGAAAGAGGAGGAAAAAGAAAAACUGUCUACUGAGCUAGAGAAAGUAAAAGAGAUGUUUAUGAAGGAGUUUAAAGAGCUAACUUCAAAGAAUACAGAAUUAGAAAACCAUCUGAUAGAAUUACAGCAGUCCAACAAACACUUGAAAUCCAAUUUAGGCACAUUAAAAGACAGUUAUGAAUCUACAGAAGAGAAACCUCGGAAUGCUGCCGACGACCAGAAUGUAAUUCAACUUCUUGAAAGACAGGAAACUAAAUGGGCUUCUAAAGUACAGAAUCUUCAAGAGGAACAUGAGAAUGAAAAACACCAGCUUCUGUCUCAAAUUGAGAAGCUCAAGGCAUCAUUGACUGAGGACUUGAAUGCAAGCAAUGCCUUCUAUAAGAAGAGGAUAGAAGAACUGGGGCAGAGGCUUCAAGAGCAGAAUGAUCUUAUUAUCACACAGAAACACCAGAUACAAAAAUUGGCUACCAAGUCAAUAGAAAGCAUCAAGCUGUUUGAUGCAAAAGCUUCAGCUCAGAAUGUUGUCCCAGCUAAAUCGAGUCUGCCAUCUGUGCAUGAACAGGCCCUUUUGGUGCACAUGCUGGAGCCCAUAGAGGAGCUUCCAGAGGAUGAAAAAGAAACAGAGAAAAGUGAGACCAAAGUAGGGAAGAAUAAACAGCAGAUUAUAAACACUCUGAAGAAUAAUCCUUCUUUAACCAAAGAGCUGAGAGCGGUAUUGGAACAGACCCUAACAGAGAAGCUGGAAUCCCUGGGAAUAAAAUCAGGAGUUCAUGGUAUUCCUAGUGAUCAUUUGACCAGAGUCUUAAUGUCUGUGGAAUCUGCUCGAGAAGAGAGAAAGAAAGAAGUCCCGAACAUUCAGCAUAUUCGAGAGGAACUGGAACGGCAGGUUAGCUUCAGAGUGGCAGAACGAGCAUCUUGCAGCCGGGUUUUUUCCAGCCCUCAACUGUCUUCACAAGUGAGGCAAAAGACCAAUCAUAUAGGAGGUUCAUUAUCCACAGUGUUACCCAAACCAGCAAAACGCUCAUUUGCAAAGCGCCUGACUGUACAAAGAACAAUUGUUGCUGAAAACACUUCUACACCAAAAGCCAAGAAGAGUGUUUUGGGGGAUAACAUUUGCAGAAAAUCCCUUAGUAUUGCAACACCACCAUUUAGUUCAGAGGAUGAAAUGGAAGAUGAUGACAUCAUGCAGUCGUACAUCUCACCAGAAUUAUCACAGCCUAGAGCAUCUGUGAAUGGCAGUAAGAAUGCUUUGGCAAGACCAGCAAGCCAGAGUGAUGCGAACUCACUGGAAGAAGAUGAAGUGGAGGAAAUCACGGGAAAUCUGAAGUCUUCACAAGGCGCCCUGAUUCAGAAGGGGGCUGAACAAGUGGGAAGGACUACUUUGUGCCAAGGAAAAGAAAGCCAGACGUCCAGAGGAAUUACUGUUGCCCCAACGUUUGUUCAGAAGACCACUCAGGGAGUAAAGUUCACAGGAGUUGUGGAUGAGGAUGACUGGGAUUUGUCAUCUCUGGAAGAGGAAAACCCCUUGCUAGCCAAAGAUGAGAAAGUUAAAAAUGGAGCUGCCAUUAAAAAGGAUAGUUCAAAUACUGUAUCUAUGGCCCAUCCUGUGGGAAAACUAACCAAGAAGGAAGGUAUUCAAGAUGCAGAUACAACAAGCACCUUGAAAAGCAGCUUAGUCACUGUCACAGACUGGAGUGACUCUUCAGAUAUCUGAUUGUCCAUCUUUGAAAUGGGAUCUGUUCUAUAACAACCUGAUUCUUGUUAACUUUUCAUGUGCAUUAACAAGGAACUUUUAUUUACAAACCUCUGACGUCUUCAAUUUCUGUCUGACUGGGUGCAAGAUUAGUUUGUGCAAGAUUAGUUAAAUAGUUCUAGCUAGUUCUCCACCUUCAAGAAAAUAGUGUUCAUCAAUAAAACAGUAUUACCUAACCCAGUAUUUUAUGUAAUUAAAAAACAAAAUAAAAAACACAGCUUUGUACUAAACUUUAUAUAAAAUGUGAGCAUUUUAAAUAAAGUUAUUUCUUUUCA